CUAUUUUGGAGAGGAGGGCCUUUUUGCAAUUUACGCUCGCCCACCGUUCGAGGAUUGGUGCCCACACCAAGCAUGGUCAUGCAUUCAAUGAGUCAACGAUAUCUUAGUAAGGCAACAAUUGCUCCCACUCAUAUACGCUAGUUAGUUUCCUCUAUAAAUCUCCCUCUUCAUCUCCUCGAAUCAUGCACAGCAACAAAAUAGAAACAUGGCCCCCGUUUCAGUUACCGAAGAGGAGAAUGUAAACGGAGACGGAGAAGAGAAACGCGUUGAGGAGGUGACGGAGAAGCCUCAGGUGGCCAAAGUUGGAGAGGAGGAUGCCGAGAAAAUGUCGAAGGAUGAGAAGGUCGUCGAUGUGGAGGAAGAGAUCGAGGAAGGAGGGGAUCACGGGGUUGAAGAGAAGAAGGGUGGGGUUGAGGAGGAGGAGAACGUGGAGAUGGAUGUCGAACCGAAGACUGGAGUUUCUUUCCCUGUCAAGCUGGCUGAUGGCAAGCAGCUUAUGGCGCUUGGAGUCAGAAGGAAGAAAGUAAUCGCCCUCAGUAUCAACAUCUACGCCUUCGGGGUGUACGCUGAUAAUACUAAGUUGAAGGAGCUUCUCAAGACAAAAUUUGGAAAGGCACCGUCAGAACCCACAAAGGAACUAUACGAAACGGUGAUUAACAGUGAUAUCGGGAUGAAGGUAAGGCUGAUCAUCGUCUUCAAAGCCCUCACCAUGAACAUGGUCAGAAAGAACUUCAACGAAGGUCUAGGGGCAUCCCUUAAAAAGCUCAAGGGAGGCCAAAAGGAUGAUGAACUCGUAAACAAGGUAAUGGGUGCUGCGAAAGAUAGCAUCAAACUGUCAGCAGGGUCGGUUAUUGAGAUAACCAGGCUCCCAGGAUACAUUCUUCAGAUGAAAGUGAAGGAUGAACAAAUAAGCGAGGUUGAGAGCGAGCUACUCUGCAGAGCCUACUUUGACAUGUAUCUGGGAGAUGACCCUUUUGAUAAGGAGGCCAAAGAAAUAUUUGGAAAGUCACUGCUCAACCUUUUCUGAUAAAUUUCUGAACGAUGUACUCGGCUCAUGCUGUUGUGAGGCAAUGUCAGAGGGAUAAAAAUGUCUGGAUUGUGUUCCCAGACUUCACAGCCAACCUCUUGGUGGUGCCAAAGAGCAUCUAAUAAUAUAGAUAUGUUUGUCAAAUUUUUACUGAUUUCCAGAAUAUAAGCAGCAUCCUAUGCUCGUCAACUUAUCUUAGGCACGCCUUGAGCAAAACCUGAGUGAAUCAAGCUUUAUGAGAUCUUAAACAUAUGUAGAAAUAUUGUUUUGA